AUGCAUCAUGAGGAAGAAGAAAUCCUGAAAGGGCAAAAAGCUGCCAAGAUUGACUCUAAAAUUAUUGCCACUAAAUUAGAAUUAAGCAGAAUGAAUUGGGAAAGCAGGUAUGCUAUGAAUCAGCAUGGAAAUGCAAAGCUGGAAAGGCAUCUAGCACUGCAGAACCUGAUGAGAGACAGGCAAAUAGCCAUGCUGAUUGCUUGGACAUGAGAAUUUCUCAAAUAUUUCAGGACAUUUUUUGGACACUUACUACUGUAGUUUUAACAACUGGAUAUGAAAGCAAUAAAAAGGAAGAACCCAGCAGUUUUACUGCCAAUACUUCCCUUAUGCUUUGUAUUUUCCUAUCAUUAUGAUGUGGGCUAUGGGACACUAUUGCAAAGGAUUAAAGGUGAAGCAGAGAACAUACUUGACACACAGAGCACUUUGCUGGAAUUGCCUAAAGGACCUCUUACAUUUAAAGAUUUGUAG